AUGGAGACGGUCUAUCAGUCAAGAAGGAAGUUUGAAGUUCCCAUCUGUCAACUAUCCAAUCCCACUGUGCAGGGUUGUCGUGAGGAUGCGGCAGUUUCCAAAAUUAUGACCUACACAAUUCCAGAACAUAUGGAUAAAGAUAUACAUGAAAGGCUUCCCAAUAUAGUGGACAUAUUCAUGGGCGAUGUAAUCCAGGACUGCUGGGAUCGGGACGGGCAUCAGAGGAGGGAAGAUGGCUGUAGCGAACUCUCUGAGCUCUCAGAGAGUGACCUCUCGGGUAUCAGUCCCACCGAUGCACACCGAUUGGGCUACCCAGUUAUUAUACAUGAAACAGAAAUUGGAAAAUAA